AUGACGUGCCUGGUCGCUCCAGCUGCUCUCUCUUGCUGGACACUAGUCCGUGGUGGAAACAUGGUGCAGGAAUCGAUGGACAGCAAGUCCAAGUCCGUUCCCAUCAACAUUGAAGAGAGAGAAAACUCAAUUCUGCUGUUCCAAUCUCAACAUUCCAAGGCUGGGAUCCCUAAGGAGUCGAAUGUAUUAACAUCGCAGAACAGCACGCGCAAACCUCUUACAACUCAACUCACGGCAGCUCAGAUAGACCGAGCCAGGAGGAAACUCUUGAUAGAUGCAUUUGAAGAUCCACAAUGUCGUACCAGGCACAAGCAGAACGACACAACCAUGGAACAACACAACACCCUGCUCGAUCAAAUAUCAGUAUCAUUGAACAAAUUUAAGAUGAGCGCCAAGUCAAAUUUGGAUGACAUAAUGAGAUCUUCCGAACUUGUAGACUCGGUAAAGCAGGGGAUGGCAGGGUAUGCUCCAUAUUUGAACAAUGUUCGGAGGGAGGUCGAAGAAAGCUUGAAGGAACUAAGGCAGAGAGAUCGAGCUCUUUUCUUCGUCAAUACUUUUGGUCUUGCCGGUAUGCUCUUCCUGCUAUACUCGAUCAUGAAGUGGAAGGGCUAA